AUGUUUUAUCCAUCUGUUCUGUCACUCCUUUUGACACUGCCAAUCUUAUUUGCAGAUGCUCGUACAAACAGGAAAAAUAGCAAAAAUGACCUGUGGACAGGCGCGGAUCUGUUGUCGUUUGUUUCGCGGCCAGAUAUACGAGCACCUCGAUGGAACGUCACCAAACAUUAUCCCGAUUUGAUCACUCCUGGAUACUGGUUCGUGGCACCAUAUACCAACUGGGUCACGGUGCCUGACCGGCUAGAGUACUUGCCGGCUCAGGUCGGACCGCACAUCUAUGACGGAGAUGGAAAUCUCAUCUGGAGUGGUGCGGCGUUGGCCCAUAACCGCAACGCAUUCGACUUUCGAACCUUUGGAGUCAACGGCUCUACGCACCUCUCGUACGUCCUGCACUACAGUGACAGAAAGGGUGACGAAGAACAACAUGGUGAAGGCGUCUACCUUGACUCCUCGUAUCGAAGAAAGGGCAAAGUCACGCACAAAGUUGGCCGGGAAUUCAACUUUCAUGAAUUCGACAUUCGCGACGGCGGGAAUUCUGCCCUGUUCAUUUUCACAGAUCCGACCAUUAAAGAGGAACCCAGCACCGGUAAAUCUGGCUGGGUGGCGCACGAUUGCAUCAAGGAAAUCGAUCUCCCGACGGGCGAAACCAAUUUCUGGUGGUGUCCUCUAGACAACGGCGUCCAGUUGAACGAGACCUACGACAAGAUUCCCAACAUGCAAGAUAUCAGUGAAGCUGGGCCGUGGGAUUUUCUCCACGGCAACUCCAUCGACAAGUUCGAGGACGGCGAUUAUUUGUACUCUGGUCGACAUGUCAACACGAUAUAUCGAAUCAACCACACCGACAAAUCGGUUGUGUGGAGGUUGGGUGGGAAAUUGUCUGAUUUUAAAAUGGACUUCAACUUUUCCUCUCAACAUCACGCAUUGGUCCAGUCGGAUGAUGGAUCAAAAGUGAGAUUGACUUUUCUCGACAACGCUGCGGACGAUCUGAACAGACAGCCCAAGACUUCAAAGACUUCCUCGGCGAAACUGGUCGAGUUGGACACCGAUACCAUGACUGCAACGCUGGUCGACGCAUGGUAUCGUCCCGAUGGGAAACUCAGCGACAAGCGUGGGAAUGUGAACACGAUGCCCAACGGCAACAUUUUUGUGGCGUGGAGCGAGCGCGGGUACAUGACCGAGCACACUGCCAUGGGGGACGACAAGAAGCUGGUCCUCGAGGCCAAAUUCACCUCGAAUCGGUUCUCGACUUACCGGGCGUUCAAGGCGAACUUUACCGGAAGCCCGAUCGAGCGGCCGGUCGUCAAGGCAUUCGCGACGCAGUCGGAAAGCGAUGCUUCGUACUCGAUGACCACGUUCUACGUCAGCUGGAACGGGGCCACCGAAGUCAAGAGGUGGGAGUUUUUUGGCUCCCACAAUGAGGAUGCGAGUGAGUUUGAGUACAUUGGGACGACGGACAGGACCGGAUUCGAGACCACAUUUUCCGAGAAGGGCUUGUGGACGCACGUAUACGCAAAGGCACUUGCAGAAGAUGGGGAGACUCUCGAUUCGAGCAACAUCGAGCAAUGCUCCGCUUGGCCUGGAUCGCCCCCGCUCAAGAUGAACUCACAGACUGGAGGGACGAUGACACAUGCUUCGAGUGACCCAAGUGCCGCAAAUGUCGCAAGUACCACGGGUACAGCGAGUUCAUCGCGCGUCUCAAAGGUCUCAAAGGUUUCAAAGACAUUUGCUUCUGCAAUGGCAAAGACAUGGGCAGAUCAAGCCAAACAGAAUCCCGUGGCGCUGUGGGUGUUUGUGUUUAUGCUGGGACUACAAGUCGUGGUGGUGGUUGCCAUGUCUCGAUGUUACCGCCGUAUCCGUCGGACUACUUGGAAAGAGGAUCAAGUCGAAUUGCUGUCCAAGAGAGACUUUACGGAUUGA